CUUGACGAUGCCAAACUCGUUCGGAUGCAUGCUGGACCGUGUCGCGCUAACCAUUCUCUAAAUCAGCGCAUUUCGUGCCGCCGAGCCGGCUACUCAUUACUGGUAACGUUUCUCUUGUGCCCGGCUUCUGGCCAGUCACUUGUUUCGCUUACGCUGCCCAGAGUCUUUGCCUCUUGAACUUGCUCAAUACACCUCAUUCUUCUGGCCGAUUUCACAGUCUUCAAACGCCGUAUAGUCGGGACGUGUGAACUGUUCGAGGCGCAGAUUUCAUUCUUCGUAUUUCAAUUAUUGGAUGAAUUCGUGGUAUCUGGGAGUCUAUGCGCAUGCGAAUGGUAGUGUUUGCUUUGUGAGAUGGUUUCACGAAUUUGCGCUACCUCAUGACAUCGGCGCGCCAUUGGCAUCCCCUCUCAACAUCUCACAACGAACCUCUGCAUUUAAUCAACCUGAAUUGAGCGGGCUGUAACGAGUUAAAGAAGGAAGAAUCGGCGGAGCUGGAGACCGCCAAAGCUGCAAAUCAGCAGAUCCAGCGAAACUUACCACGGUCUACGGCCCUCUCACACUUGGAAGCGCAUCGUCACCAAAAACCGUCGCGAUGAGCCAUAAUCAUGGAGGAGGAAGUAGUAUGGGAGGAGGCAUGACCAUGGGAACGGCGCUAUUCCAGGAGACAAAUGUUCAGCUCGCACAGUCUUUCUGGUACAUCAUUGCAGGCGUCGUCGGGUUCCUGGGUAUCAUCCGCGGUCUCAACUAUCUCGAAAGCCUAAGAAGACUUAAGCGAUGUCGCACCGAGUCCGUUCGAUUCCCGACGAAACCCUCAAAUAUUAUAGCACAGAUAUGGGCGACAUCAACAGCGCUCGUCCGCGAAGCAGGACACCCGCAAAUCUACAUCCCCAUAAAGGGCCUCCGCUGGGCGACGCCGCCGUCACUCGGUCGCGUACUUGUCCUGUUGGCCUACUGGGCCGUCAUCAUCUACAUGAUGGUCAACGAUGCCGUCAUCAAGGACGCGUACUUCUGGGAACGCAUAGGUUUCCGCAACGCCUGGGUGACUGUUAUGCAAAUGCCCCUCCUUUAUCUCUUGGCGAUGAAGGUCAACGUGGUGGGAUUCAUCAUAGGCGCCUCGCAUGAACGACUAAGCUGGCUUCACCGAUGGGUCGCCAGGACAAUGUUCGUCACGGCGACCGUUCACGGGUUCCAUUUCUGGUCGGAGUGGGUGCGCGCAGACUUUGUCGAGACGCAGCUGCGGAUCCUACCCGUUAUCAAGUACGGACUCGGGGCCUGGGGGAUCCUCAUCUGGACGUUCCUCACGGGUAUGAGACCCCUCCGCAGCAUGGCGUACGAGCUCUUUCUCCUGCAGCAUAUCCUCUCGGCGGUACUCUUCAUCUGGCUGGUCUAUGUACACAUUCCGGCCUACGCGAAGCAUUACCUCUGGUUUUCCGUCGCCAUCAUCUGCUUCGACCGCCUUGCGCGCUGGGUGUUCCUUGCCUGGCAGAAUACGAGGCUCCGACCCAACAGAUCGACGUGUAAGGGGAUGAAGCGAGUUGGACACGAGGUGCAGAUCCGGACAGCGGGCUCGUCUACGACGGUAUUGACGAUCAAGGAUGUUCACUUCUCGUGGAAGGCGGGGCAACACUUAUAUCUCUGGCUGCCGCGUAUCGGGCCCCUUGAGGCACACCCUUACACAAUCGCGUGCGCACACCAGCUUCCGGAGACGUGUACCUGCAACAGUAUCCAGCUUGUCGUCCGGAAACACGGUGGGUUCUCCAAGAGACUGCAUAACCACGCGGAAAAGUUUCAGGCAUCUGGGAAGAAGGAGACGCUUACGGGCUUCGUGCUGGGGCCGUUCGGAGCGCCGCCUAGAUGGGAUAUCUACGACACCAUGGUUCUCAUCUCAGCGUCUACGGGGACGUCUUUCACGCUGCCUAUCUUGGAGAGCAUCGUUCAGAGCCGCAGGAAGACAUGCAUUACGAGGAUUGAGUUCAUCCUCAUGGCAUGCCAGGGUGAAGAAAUAGAAUUCUACACGCAGCGGCUGCGGGAGUCGAUGGAUCGGGCGCAGCAGAACGGCAUUGAGCUGCAGGUGCAUAUCGCCAUUACGCGGUCCGGCAAAGCCAAGGAAGGCGAGGCGACGACGGUUCUCUACUCAGACCGUGAAGGAAGCUCUAGCUCAAGUUCGUCUGCGAAACACAGGAGGAUCGCCUCUGACGACUCCGUGGACGGUAGUGGCGGCAGUGGUGGAUGCUGUCAGGAAAAGGGACUAGACUUGGAAAAGGGCGAUGAGGUGCCGCUUACACCCAGGAUCCGGAGCGGGUCCUUGAUGAGCAUGGUGAAGGAGUACUAUUGUCGUCCUGAUCUGGAGGCUUUGAUUCGAGAACCCGUCGAGGCUGCGGGCGGCGAGACGUCGAUCGUUGUCUGUGGUGGGCAGUCGUUGACGAGUUCGGUGAGGAAUUGCGUGGCCUCAUUAUCGGAUGAGAGGGCGGUCCAUAAGGGGACGGGGGCACAGGGGAUUCAUCUUUUUGUCGAGGAGUAUUCGUUCUAGAUAAUAUCAACGUAAUUAUAGACUCAUGCAAGUCAUUGGCAUUUGACGCGUACUCAUACUGCUUGUCAACAUGUGUAAAUAUCAUGUCUACAAAAAAGAAACCAGUUGGGAUGGUAUACAAGACUCCACGGCUUGGAUGUCAUUGGUGGGGA